CAGCACCAUUUUUUUUCCAUAAGCACUAGGUGCUCCUCCAAAUGCAAACUUGGACUGCCCAAAAUCUUUGCUAUUGUGUUUUGACGGCACUUCUACGUACGGCUUUGUAUUUGAGUCGCGAACGCAGCGGUUUGUAUCUAAGUACAAGUAUAGAAAAAGAAAUUGCGCCACCAUAAGCAUAAUUCAACGACUUCGGUUUCGUAUUGCAAACUUUUUUUCGGUAGCUCUCGAGGCAGCGAAGCUAAGCUCGUGUCGGAAGCAGAGAGUUAGUAUCAAAGCGAAGAAUCGAACCCUGUGUUGAAUUGGUCUUGCGCGAGCAGUAGACGAGAGAUGCAAAAAGGUGCUUUCGGUUUUUUUCGUUUUCUUUCACACCACGGACGUAGAUCGUGUAGCUUGGUUGCAUGAAAAAGUAUAAUAUUCUCCAAAUUUUUCUCCAAACACUGACAGUGCCUCUAGUGUACAGACCAAGCUUGUUCAGCGUUUUUCGCCCGGGGUAACCCCUCGAAUUAUAUAUACCAGCCUCCUAGACAUUGACAGCUAGUAGUUAUUUAGAAGUAGAAUCAAGUGAUUCGUAGUAAUAUCCGGCGCAACCACGACUACCACUACCAGGCGGUUGUUUAUGAGCUACGAGCACGUCAUCUACAACUACAUCUUCAGUAUACUUCCCAUCGCACUACUUCAACAAUUUGCGAAGGGUUUUUUUGCCGUUUGAGUUCAAGAGACGCAUUUAGCAGCUGUAUCAAUUGUCAGUCUUGGCCCUCUUGUUCAUGUUCCACUCAAAAAUACCGAAACUCGGAGCCUAAAUUCAACAACUCUGAUGCAAGUUGGUGAUUUUGGGGUUCUGAAUUGGCAAUUAUUAAAAGCCUACCCUAGAAGCCUAUAAUUUUCAAUUUUGAUACUUGUUCGAUCAAUGAAUACUCUCUACCCCUCUUUCAUCUCCCGCGAUUUUUUACAUGACGGCUGAUUUGGAAAUACUUUUUUACUUCUCCGGCAUACAAACUUGACUACUAUCUAAAACUAAUCCCCGUGGAUGGUCCUCCCGACCACAGAGCUUAAAUAAAACCCCCUGAUAUUAAAUCUAUUCGCCUCGCACCAUGGGGGGCGGCCUCUCGAACAAUCGGGAGGAAGACCAAAAUCGGGCGGUCCCGACCUCCCCCAGUUCCCGCCGCUCGCGUCGUGGUAGCAACCAGCACCGAGCAGCGGCGCACCACGCGCUGCAGCAGGUCGUCCGGUUCGGCGGGGGCCCGCCGAGUCCAAACCGCCAGCGGGGGACGCACUGGUGUCACGAGUGCAACCAGGCGGUAAAUCUGAAUGAGCAGGGACUGUGCAACAGCUGCGGCGGUGGGUUCGUGGAGGAGGGAACCAUGUUGUUGCAGGAAACCCCACCGAUGCCACUACUCAACGCCCUCCAGGCGGUCCACCAUCUGGCGCAAAUGCAGCGCGGACAGGCGGCAGGAAAUAGUACUAACGCAGCGGCGGGGGACGAGGAGGAAGAGGGAGGGAACAGCCUGGGGGGAAGGUGAGUAAGUACCUAUAGUAGAAGUCGGUUACGAUCUUCAAAAAUUUUGAGCUUUUUGAUCAAGGGAGGACUACUACAAGCUUGCAUUUUUAAGUAGUGGCAAGUACAAAUUGAAGCUGGUCAUGCGCAGUAGAAAACAAUACACAAUUUUUGUCCGCAACAUCAUGCGCAAACCGAAACCACACGACAACUAUCAACUAUCAGGCGCGGCCAUCCGCGGAUCCAGGUGGGCGAGAUGCGAAUCGAGGUUUUGCUCCGGGAACUACAAAACCACCUGCGCGCCGCCGAGUCGAUGCGCACGGCCAUGCGGGAUUUGUUGGAGGAGGAAGAUGUUGUUGCCACAACCGCGUACGGCAACAAUAGCGGCACACCCUCAAACAUCGAUCCUUUGAAAGCAACGCAGUGGGACAGUAUCGAAACUAGGCUAGUGUCAACGCAGGCAGAGUGCGAUGCGUUCUUGAAGGGGAGCGCGGCUACGGUAUUUGUUGAUGUUGUCGUGCUGUCGAGCAUAUUUUGUAUACCUUUUCGCAUCUUCAUGGGUAUAAAUAUGUACUUCUAGAACUAGGACGACAGAGCCUUUUUGUCUUGAGUGCUAGACGUAAUGAUUUUGAAGCAAGUAUGAGGUCUGAAUAUGAUGAUGAUGAUGAUGAUGAAUGUGAUCUAAAUAUUAAAUCCGCAGGAUUCCCUCGACGACGGGCACACAUGCGCGAUCUGUUGCGGCGAGCUCUUCGAAGACGGGGAGCCGGUUAUCAAAGUGAAAAAAGCCCCCUCCCCAUAUCAAAACGGAAAUCAGUGAUGCAGAUUUGCAGUCACAGAUCAGCUUUGUCAUGCUAGAAGGGAAAAGAUGCGGACUGUAGUGCUGGGUGGCGUGGGGAAGCCUUGCAUCUUCAGCAUGACAGGAAGCAACUGGAAGUGGGAAACAGCAUGACAAAUUGCCUGCAAACGAGGCCACAACUGCGGCUCUUCGCCUUCUAGCAUUACAAGUCGAUUUGUGUACUCAAAUACAGCGUCACAAAUUUCGUUUUCGAUAUGGGGUGGGGGGCUUUUUCCAUUUGAUACCGGUGACGCUCUGCAAGCUCCCCCGGUGCCAGCACGUUUUUCACAAGGACUGCUGCGCGGAGUGGUUCCAACGUGCGAGUUCGUGCCCAAUUUGCAGAAGCGACUUGAACGUGGUGAGUACACCUGGGGAGCAGAAUGCAAACAAUACAGAAAAUGACACGCCAAAUAAAAACUGUGUCGAAAACGAAAUGGCCCAGCGUGCGAGCAGCAGGCAAAACUCCGGUACAUCAUCGGGAGAGAACAAUUAUAGCAGUAGCAAUAGCGCACCAGCAGGUGCUGGAUCACUUACCGGAGGAGCGCCGUCGAGACCUUCAACAACUAGCACAACGUUGAUUAACAGUAGCAGUCCGCUCCCCACGACAGCUGCAAUAAGCCGACAAGCAGUUGUACCCUCUGUCCCACUACCGCCGCCGCUGUUUGGGCAGCUGCCGGCGACCCCGUCCUCCUCCUCUGCGGUGAAUGAUACCAGUGGCGGUGGAGCCGGGCCUAUCGUGAGGAAAAAUCCACGUCCCACCUCAUAGUACCCAAAAGGAAAAUGUGUGAUGCAGAUUUGUCAUCACAUUCUUGCAAGAAGUCCAGUACGGAGGUGCGCCCCGCAUUGCGGAGGCGUUUGCCAUGCCGUUGGGAAGCUUAUAGGGCAGGUGUUUAUUUGACCUGUACGUUGUUAAACAGGCUGAGAAUUAUGAUGUGACUACAGUUCCUUACCGCAAGACAGACCGUAUCUGUGUACGCAAAUCGAUCCUCCAGCGUCGGAAAUUUUGUUUGGGAUACGGGGAGGGGGGACAUGUUUCAUCUUGAUAGGGACGUCUGCCUCGCCGAAGGGUUUGACACUGCCAACGAGGCCAGUGCUGCGGCCGAUUGGAACUACAACGGGGGGGAGUAGCAGCGGCGAUGUCUUCGUUGGUGUGACGAGUACAAGUACGGCGCGCCCGGUGCCGGAAGAGGAUUAGUUACUUGAAAGCUACAAAGUAGUGAGUUGGUCGUUUUCCAGCACCUCGCAACUGGCUACCGUGCGCUUCUUUCUCGCAACCCGAACUUUUUUGCUUCCAUGAGGCCGUGCAGCACCAGCGUUUGAUUAUUUACUUAUUGUUUCUGUGCUGCAGCAGGAGCAGCGCCAGCAGUAGGCAGACACAUAGUUUUAACGUUGUUUCUUUGUCUUUGUCGUGGCAACAUCGCCAAUAUAGAAAGAAUGCUUUUUUGAAGAAUACAGUGCGGCGUUGCUACAAGAAGAAUAGUUUCUCUUGCAAGAUCAUCUUCAGGGAGAUUAAUUGUGGCAGAGUUGGAUUCACGGUGGUAGUCUACCAUCUUGAAGGUGAAGUCGCGAGGUCCUGAUCAGGAGAAAAUAUUUCAAAAAUGUACAUCUUUGACAAAGUCUUUUUCUACGAAGAAGUCAAGCAACAU